AUGCCUGCCGUACAUGCAACAUACCCCUGUCACUGUGGGAAACAAUAUAAACAAGCUGUAAGUUUAGCAAGGCAUAAACGUCUGGAACAUGACAAGAAUCAUGAGACAUAUCAGUGUCACUGUGGAAAGCUAUUCUCGAGGAAAGAUAGAUUGAAAAGACAUGAAAAGCUUCACAAAACACCUGAACAUAAAUGCACUGAAUGUGAAAGUGUAUUUCACAGAAGUGAAAGCUUGAGAAAUCAUGUUAUUUCACGUCAUAACCAAAUAGGAGCCGGACCAUUGGCAUCAGAAACAGCAUUACCAGCUUCGUCAGAGGAUCAAUCAACAGAAAUGUCAUCUGCUGAUCAAAGUACAAAUUUGCCUAUGACUGACAAUCCUCCCUCAUCAACGGAGACUAUACCAUUAAGCGAGCCUAAUACCUUAUCUCAAUCGUCAGGAUCAUCACCUCGGAUUGCAGACAUUGGAGAACAAGAAUCAACCAAUGAACAAGACGAAUGUGAAUUUGAGGAAGGCUUAAAUGGAGCUUUAAAGACAGUAACUAUCAAGAUAUCAGGUCUCUCUAAAUUUGAUCCCUUACGUUUAUUCAAAGAACAGGAGUCUAAGAUAAAAAGUGUUUUGCUAAAACAAAUGAAAAAGAAAGGGGCAAUCAAAUGGUAUGGUGCCAUAAAUGUCCAAUUCAAAAAAGAGAAAAAGGAGGAAACAGAGAUUGCACGUCCACAUUUCAGAGGUAGAUGCUAUACAAUGAUGAAACCAAUCGAUUUGAAUGAGGCCUGGCAGGAGACUGUCAAAAAGAUAUAUGAUUCUUUUAUAAAAUACCAACGUGAGGGAUCUGCCUGGCAGCUUGAUUUCGUUAUUAGUUUCAAAAUUCACAUGGCAGUUUAUAAACCUAUAAGAGGCUCGUCAUAUAUACCAACACCAUUAACAUUAAAGGACAACUGAAAUAACUUAUCUCAACUUGCAGCUACAAAAACGCGGUUUUCUCCAUUGUAAGCCCAACGUAGAGUUCUUGCGAUAGCCAUUAUAAAAUAAAUGUUAGAUAACUGCUAACGGUCAUAGAUAACGAAAUAAAACUAACUGAUUAAUCAAAUUGGCCCCCACGUGAUUAGUAACGUCAUAUACAAAAUAUAGCUUUGGUUUAUUGGUUUCUUAGUAAUCACAACGUCACGGCAACCAUAGGAUUGUUGUGUAAACUAAUAACAAAACAUUUCGGCAUUAUGACGUCAUGAUCCAAUGGACCAAAACGGGCCAUGUGGGGACCAGUGAGAGAUCACGUGGGGGCCAAUAACGUCACAACCAAUUCGAAUAUUGCUUAUUAAGCAGCUAAUAACGAUCGUUAGAGUAAAAUAAUUUCCACACUACUGAUGAGAAAACAUGUCCAAAUACAUCUAUCAAAAAAUUAUAUUGAUUCCUUUUGGGUUAAAAAUACCAUUUCAUAUCUGCUUUAAGA